AUGAAUUCUCUCGGUGACUGUUCGGUGUGCUUGAAACCUGUCCCAUCUGAUGGUAAAUUCAUGACGUGCGGUGCCUGCAAGAGUCUUUACCACUUGGGGUCUUGUGCCGGAAUAAAAGAAUCAACCUUCGGCGCGAUGGGCCAAGAAAGAAGAGAGAAAUGGCGCUGCCGGUCUUGCCGCUCUGCCGACUCCAGUUCGACGCAGGGAAGUGUGUCUGAGGAACCUCAAGGCAUCUGUGCAUCCGAGGAACUUCUCAGCGCGGUCAAUACCAAGUUGGACUUAUUGGUCUCUCUCAAGGCGAACGUCGACACUCUCCUCACACUUCCUUCCAAGGUCGAUGAGCUGCUAACUUUGAAGCCGGCAGUUCAAUGCCUGCAAGAAACAGUCAAGACACUUCAACAAUCUAUUGGCGACCUUACAUUGAAGUAUGACUCGGUGCUUGCUAAGGCAACCGAAAACGAAAAGAACACCGAAGCACUCCAGGUCCGGUUGGCUGAGGUGUGCAGUGUUGCGGACGAACAAUCGCGUACUAUCCAGCGACUGCAGGGAGACUUGAACCACUUGGAGCAGCGGAGUCGGUCGACAAACCUGGAAAUCCACGGACUGCCAUGCCACAAGGAUGAAAAUUUGGAACGAAUCAUCGCCGAUCUUGGAGACAAAUUAGAUUUGCCUCCACUCCAAGCAGGAGACGUCCUUGCCAUCCACCGUCUUGCAACGAAGCCCGGCCCUGCGCCCCCAGUUUUGAUAAGGUUUGCGUCUGUGAAGGUGUACGAUGAAUGGAUGAGCCGUCGCGUACGAUUGAGCUCACUUUAUAAUUCAGGUAAACUGCCGAAGGUUUACUUUAACGAAAACCUGACUCGAGCAAACAGAGAAUUAUUCUGGAUGGCCAGGUCAAAAGCCAAGGAGGUGCUAUUUAAAUAUGUCUGGGUAAAGGGAGGGAAAAUUUUUGCGAAAAAAGAACAAGGCUCAGCGCUAGUCAGGGUAAACACAAUCAACGACCUUGAGAAUAUAAGCUAA